CUGGUCACAAGCGUCCCUGUCCCUGAGGGCGUGCUGGUUCACACCUGGAAUAACAGCCUUGAAAAGGUAUAGAGGCAGGAGGAUCAAAAGGCCAGCCUCGGCUACAUCAUGAGUUUGAAGGCAGCCUAGGGUAUAAGACAAGCCUGUCAUAAAAAUAAAAAAAAAAACUAAACAUGAGGCCGAACAUCGUGGCACUCACUUUAGUUCCGACACUCGGAGCAGAGGCAGAUGUGGAUCUCUGAGUUCAAGACCAGCCUGGUGUUUUUGGUAGUCUCAAAAACAAGGUGUCCCAGCUGGGUGUGGGGGUGUCUGCCUUUAUUCCAAGCAUUCCUGAGAGAAAGGUGGAUGGAUAUCUCUUGAGUUCAAGGCCAGUUUGGUCAAUUUGAUUGCCCUAAAACCAAGAAGUCCCAGCCAGGCAGGGUUGAACAAGCCUAUAAUCCUGGCACUCAAGAGUCAGAGGCAGAUGGAUCUCUGUGAGUUCAAGGCCAGCCAGGGUUGUUACACAAACCGCGUUUUCAAAAAAAAGAAAAGAAAAGAAAAGAAAAAGGCCCCCUGUGGCCAGAUCUGCAUAGCACUGCCCCAUUCCGACCCGACCUGAAACCCAGCUGGUACCUGUGGGCGUUCCCUGACUAAGACAGUUUGGUUGACCACAGCAGGGUGGGGAAAGCCUGCCAGGGGCCUGACCUGGCCUUGAGAUGUCGAGCAGACACAACAAAAGGUGGAGCGCUUGCAGGCUGGAGAAGAGCCAAGCAGAUAGCCAGCCCAGCCUGCCACUCGGACCCUCCCUGCUCUCAACUCCAGUCCUCUUCCACAUGGACCGGCACGGUACCAUAGUGCUCAUCACCGGCUGCUCCUCCGGAAUCGGCCUGCACUUGGCUGUUCGCCUGGCUUCUGACCCUUCCCAGGGCUUUAAAGUGUAUGCCACAUUGAGGGACCUGAAGGCACAGGGACCGCUGCUGGAGGCGGCGCGGGCUCGGGGAUGCCCUCCGGGCUCCCUGGAGACACUGGAAUUGGAUGUCAGAGACUCAAAAUCUGUGGCCGCUGCCCAGGCGCGCGUGACCGAGGGUCGUGUGGAUGUGCUGGUGUGUAAUGCGGGCCGCGGCCUAUUCGGGCCCCUGGAAGCGUAUGAGCAGGACGCAGUGGGCGCCGUGCUGGACGUGAAUGUGGUCGGGACCAUUAGGAUGCUGCAGGCCUUUCUGCCAGACAUGAAGAGGCGCCGCUCCGGGCGUGUGCUGGUGACCGCGAGUGUGGGAGGCUUGAUGGGGCUGCCGUUCCACGAAGUUUACUGCGCCAGCAAGUUCGCCGUGGAAGGUCUGUGCGAGAGUCUGGCGAUCCUGCUGCCGCUCUUUGGAGUCCACCUGAGCCUCAUCGAGUGCGGGGCAGUGCUCACAGCCUUCCACGAGAAGCUGGAAGGCGGCCCCGGGGGGGCCCUGGAACGAGCAGAUGCCCAGACGCGUCACUACUUUGCGCACUACCAGGGUCAUUACGAGCAAGUCCUGAGGGAAGCGCAGGACCCGGAGGAGGUGGUGGAGGUCUUCCUGACCGCGCUGCGAGCCCCGCAGCCCGCGCUGCGCUACUUCUCCACGGACCGCUUUCUGCCGCUGGCUCGCAUGCGCACGGAGGAUGCCAGCGGCAGCAGCUACGUCGCCUUCAUGCGCCAGGAGUUCUCCAGCGCCCUCAUCUGCGUUCCGGAGUGUGUGUCUGAAUCAAGUAACCGGGAAAAGAACUAAGCCAGAGUCCUUGUUUCAGAAUUUGUUUUGGUUUUGAAGCGGGGAGCUGGUGUGCAGGCGGUUCUGCUGGCCUGCUCCCUCCGCUCCUGCUGUAGUCACCCUCUUUCAUUUCCUUUCUGCCCUUCUCUCUCUGCCCUCUCGGCUAGCUGGCUGCCUGGACCUAUUCUCUAGCCCCCCUUCGCCCUUCCCCCAUCCCCCAAUAAACCUCCUUAUACAAGA